UAAUUUGGCUAUUAGCUCAAUUUUGGGCGGACGGGCAAGACCUAGGAGCGAGGCGCCGCCGGCGACAAGUCCGAAUACCUUCGGCGACUGAUCAGCAGACGAGAUCCAUCUCUCAGAGCUCGUUCGCGGCAGCAGGCCGCCAUGUUCCCACCACCGAAUGCCUUUGGACCGUUGCGGCCUCCUCAGCCUCCGCCAUGGCAGUGGCAUCAGCAGCAGCAGCAGCACUACCAGAACCAGUACCACCAGCAGCAGCAGCACCAGCACCAACAGCAGCACCAGCAGCACCAGCACCCUUUCCAGCCUGAGGCAGCGUCACUGGCGGUGGCCAGUUCCUUUUGGCAGCGUGUCAAUGUGCGGGAGCAUUUGAAGAAGCUGCAAGAGACGGUCGCGAUUUCAAGCGCUCUGAUAAACGAGCUAGAGGAGAUUGCACUUGUGAGGAUUUCAUCAGAUGCUAGUGCACAAGAACCAGAUUCAUCCGCCGUAGAAUUGUCUUCAGAGUCUUGUGGCUCUUCUACGGGCAGACCUUGCCAUUUUUCGGAGCUCGCACGUGAAAUCAAGAUUAGCCCAGACACUCAUCAAUCUCUGGCUACAGAUGCGGCUAAUUAUCUCUGUUCUCAACUUCAGCAUCUCCUGGCACCUAUUUCUUCCGCUAUUAACCAAGACGGUCCUUGGGCAGAAAGAUCGGCAAUGGUUUCGUUAGCUCAGAAGCUGCAGAAGUCCAAGAGAAAUAAGCGAUGGAGGAAGAGGAAGAGAAAGCAUGUAGCAGAGCUUUUCCAGAAGGAGAGUGCAGAAUUUGACAAAAUUGAUCAGGAAGCUGAUGAAUGGAGGGCUAGGCAAAUAGCGAAUGACAUUGCAAAACGCAAGGUGGAAAGCAUGAAGCAGAUUGCCAAGAAGAAAGCAAAUGAGGAAAGAAAACGUCUAGAAUCUGAGCUCGAGCUUGCACUAAUGGUCGAGAAACUACAGGAGCUCCGCUCUGUAAGGGUUGAAAAACUGAAGAAACAAGGUCAUUUUCUGCCAGAAGAGGAUGAUAAAUAUCUUGAGCGUGUCAAGGCUGCAGUUGAGGAAGAGGAGCGCCAAGCUGCAACUGCUGCUCGAACUGAUGCUGCGAAGGAUGCUAUUCUCACCGCUGAGGAAUUAAGGAAGGCUGCCCAUCAUACAACUGCUCAAGAAGAUGGUUUUGAACAAUCUAAAAGUGGGUCAACGCCGGAGCAGAACCAAGGAGAUGCAAGCAUAAGUGAGGGAAGUGAUCAUGCAGAUAAAAAAAGAGAACAUGAAGGUCAAAGGAUUGAGAAAGGGCCUGGGCAUUCUGAUUCUUUUACCAAUCUGCCUUUUGAGUUCUACCACUAUUAUCAUGGAAGUAGCUAUGACCUGGGGACACUCAUUGAGGUACGCCGAAUGUGGGAUUCUUUUAUCAGACCUGGAGGAAGUCGUAUACCUGGCCACUGGGUUCAGCCACCCCCUCCAGCUAAUGAGGUAUGGGCAUCAUAUUUGGUGCAGCCCAAGUAAAUCCUAUUGGGUUCUAGCAAUGGUUCUUCUGCCCAUCCAUUGGAACAUUUCAUGGUACUUGGAUUAUUUUUUUCUAUGUCAACUAGUAAUGUAAAAAGAUUAUACCGGAUACGUUGUGAGACUAAAAUUAUCUCAGUGAAAGCUCAUUGCUGGCCUGUAGACCUUCUUUGAUGAAUGCUCGAUUAUCUUCUGGCUU